AUCCAGGCUUCACACUGAUCUGCUUUUUGAUUAUUUUUAAAAUUAAUCUCAGAGUUUUCAGCAUGUUGGCUCCAGAGAGGCUGCAGGAGAUUUUUACCAACAGCACCGAGAAAAACACCACCAGUGCAAAAGACUGGACUGAGGUGUAUGAUGCGGUCAAGUGGAUUCAGCUCGUCAUGGCUCUGCUCAGCGUUUUGGGCUCUGGCUCCAUCAUCGUCUGUUUAAUGUCACAGAGACUGAGCCGCACGCCGGAGCUGCAGCCUCUGUUCCUGCUGAGUGUGUCCGACCUGCUGCUCGCUCUCUGCUGGCUGAUCGGAGUCGCUCUCUUCUCUCAACACUGCAGCAGCCUGAACACACACUGUUACCACCUGCACACUGUGGAGCAGAUUCUGUACAUGGCCUCGUUCUUCUACACACUCAACUAUGUGUGGAACCUCUACACGGGAAUCAGAGAGAAGUACUACAGCUGCAUCAACGGAUUCAUACAGUUUUCCAACAGAGUGAGCACCGCCGGCAAAAUCACUGCGCUGCUUUCAGGUGUGUUUCCUGUGCUGCUGAUGACGCCUGUGUUUAUACUGGGAGGCAUCAGUCGAUGUCAAACCAACUUCAGCCAGCCCUACAGGUGUCUGCUGAUGCACACCGGAGCGCUGUUUCUUACCUCAGACCACCAGCAGCCAAUCGGAGCCUGCAGCUGGCUGCACAUGUACCAGAUGGUCGUCUUCCUCGCCACCUUCCUCCUCACACUCGUCAGCAUCAUCGCGCUCGUGGUUAAAGCCCGUUGCAUUUACAGGCGGGUCGUGACGUCAAAUGGUUACCUAGGCAACCAGCAGCGGGCCUCGUUCCGUUUGAUGGACCGGCGGAUGCUCCUGUACCCGCUGGUCUUCAUCCUCUGUUGGGGUCCAGCGGUGGGUCUGGCAUUUCUUCGGGUGGUGAAGCCUGCAGCGGGUCACGGCGGGGCCGGGGUCGCCCUCUACAUAUCUCAGGCUUUCACCUCGGCCUCUCAGGGUUUCCUCAACUGUCUGGUCUAUGGAUGGACUCGUGCACAUCUCCGUCGAGCCGGCAGGAGGGUUUUGUCUCGAGACGUGGACACUCAGACGCCACUGCUGAGGUCACAGAGGAAGAGAAGUUACCAAACUCUCCGCACCGGCUGAAAGACAAACACGGGAGAAGUGACAGACUGAAAGUGAAACUGAGCAGGUGCAGCAAAGACUCCGACGGAAAGUUUCAAUUUUCAAUUUCACCAGAGGGAAAACACCGAGACCGUGCGUGUGCAGACGAGUGAGACCAACACCCCUGAUCCAGAACCGCUGAGGCGAGAAAAAGGGAAGGAGAAGAAGGAGGGGGAGUUUACGAGGACAGAAACAAAGACGAAGAAAACAAGAUGUGAAAGAGACGAGGCUGCACUCGCUCUAAAUCACAAACUUCACAGGUGGUUUGAUUUAACGUUACUGUCCACGUACUUUUUUGUCUGUGUGGUAAUAAUUUUACAAGCUUUGAGACAAAAGGAAUAUGACAAAAAAAAAGAAAAGACAUUUUAGCCAUUUGAAACCUGAGCAAAUUGGCUAAAUUUCUUUU